AUGGCAACAAAUAAAUGGUAUAUUAUAUCAAUACAAUUGAUAAUAUUCGUACUAAAUAAAGUCAAUGGUCAAACAUUAUCAACUGUAUCAUGUCAACCUGUUUUAAAGAAUUAUUUUGACUAUUUAACUCAACCACAUUAUAAUGUAGUUCGUUAUUUAUCUAUUCAGGCUACAUUUAUAUUAGAAAAUAGAUAUGUUGCAUAUUAUGCGGGAUCUCUUAAUUAUGUUAAAUCAGUUGAUUCACUGAAUGGUACAGUAACUGUAUCAUUUAGUGAUCGAACAUGGACUCCAUCAUGUGGUUUAUUAUUUUGUCCUGUUCAAAAUUUUGGUUACAAAAAUACUGAUACGCAAACUAUCGCAAUCAAUAGAUUGGGUGCCAUUCAAUUCAUAUGA